CUUUAUUGGUUGUAAUGAUAACAGACAUGGACAGUAACCAAUAAUCAGGAAGUAUUAUUUCUGACAGCCUCGCCCCUCCGUUUCCUCAUUCACCGAUUGGCUGCUGCUCUGUAACUUGUGUGGGUCCGGGGAAGAAGGCGAGAGAGGUUCGGGGAAGUUGAGUUGGGAAGCUCCGGGGAGCAACCAAGGCCUGGGCGGCGGUGGAUGGCGGAAGUAUGGACAGCGGAGGGACGGGGGGAGAGACCGGGCUUCUACACCAGAUCCUGAGACUCAGCCUGGUCCCUCGGGUUGGAAAUGCCUCUGUGUGCCCCACUUCUACCGCCCUGUGCGGCUUCCCGGAGAUGUGGUAUGGCGUAUUCCUGUGGGCACUGGUCUCUUCGCUCUUCUUUCAUAUACCGGCUGGACUGAUAGCUUUGUAUACUUUGAGACGCCACAAAUAUGGGAGGUUCAUGUCUGUGGGAAUCCUGCUGAUGGGAAUUGUGGGACCGAUAUCUGCAGGGAUAUUAACAAGUGCUGCCAUUGCUGGAGUGUACAAAGCUGCUGCCAAGGAAAUGAUUCCCUUUGAAGCAUUAGUCCUGGGUGUGGGUCAGACUUUCUGUGUGCUUGUUGUUUCCUUCUUGAGGAUUUUAGCGACUUUAUAGCUGGUUGCCCUUUGCAGAACAGUCAAAGAUGUAAAUUUUGGAUUGAAGCAUGGCGUUUGUCCAUGACUGCCCGGUAUUGGAGCCUUGAUCUGAACCAUCACUGUCAAUAGGACUGAUGGAAUUUAAGUCCGUAAGAUUGCCUACAUGUUCAAAGAACCGCUCACUGGCAUCCAGCUGUAGUUCUUCAGUGCCCGGGAUAAACCUGCUGCAUGCAGCUGGAAUAUAAUAAGGGUUUUACAUGCUUUUGUCACCAGCUGUUUUCUACGACGUUGGCAUAAAAAGUGACUUUAUCUCCGAAAAUACAGCAUUGCAACAAUUUUACAAUCGCUACCCUUUCUGGAAUUACAAUACAGUUUUCUAAUGAAUUUUUCUUAAAGGUUCUCUACGAUAGAAGAACAAAUAUGCACUCUACUCUGCACCUUCCCUUUUUUUUUUUUAUAUAUAUAUAUUAUAGGGUUGUUUUUAAUGAUGAUUAACGGCGCCCAAUGCAGAUCCUCUUUAGGCACUUUUUAAAUGAUUUUAAAAUUGUAUUCACUUCUUUUAGUGCUAAUGCUGCUAAACAGUUUUUGUAUAUGUUCUCCUCCUUUUUCGUGCAACCAUACUUGAAAUGCAUUUUUACUCAGAUCUUUUCAGAUUGUCGUGCUAAUAAUUUUAAAUCUGCACAUUUUUAAAAGGCAGUCAAGUUGAAGUAUGGCUAAAGCUUUUUUUGGUUAUACUUCUCCAAUGGAUCACAGGAUUGCGAAUCGUUCUGCACUCUUAUGAUCUGUUUUCAGCCGACAGCAGGCUGAAGUCGGCUGACAUUAGGGCCAGUCCAGGCUCUGAAAAGAUCUUGACUAUACAGUCGGUAUCCGCCCAGAAGUCUGGACAGGCCCCCGUCUGAGCCUCUGAGAUUCACCGAGAGCCUGAGCCAGCCCCUCCCACCCCCUCACUCCAGUGAGCACUGGAGGGGAGAGCAGAGAGCUGCUGACUGACAAGCACAGAUCUCUUCUCAGAGCAGAGGGGAGAACUGAGCAAUCAGUGGUAUUCGAUCGCACAGUUCUCAGUACAGAGCUGGCGGGGGACAGAUGCAGCAUCAGAUCGAUACUGUAUUCACCUCGGUGACUAUAAAUGUUUGUUUAUUUUUUUUGUAAACCCCAAACUUCUCUUUUAACAAUUCCAUUACUUGCCACAGGCUUCAUCAUCUAAUGUAACGUGGCACUCCUGUAUGGCUUGCGAGCCUAUGAAACGCAUAGCGAUAAUUGUGUGAUAUCUGUCCGCAUUGUCUUGGAAGCAGGUUGUGUCUGCAUCUGAAAGACUCAUUGAUUUUGGCAUCAAAAAGCUGUCUUAUACUAUUGACAAAUGGGUAUAUUUUAGCUGUAAAUACUAAAUACACCACUGUGCCCUUCAGGAGACUUUUGGGGAGAUCUAUUUUCUGAAAGCAUCUAGUUUGGCAGGAAGCAAGCCCAUCUCCACCCAAGAAGCCUCCUCUAGACUGUGUGCUAGGCACCUUUUGCGCGUUGGUAGUCCUGCUGCCUGAUGCUUUGUUUGUCCACUGCCACUUCUGCAAAGAGCCUGUGCAAAAUUAACUUUGACGGUUGAUUCUUAGGCAUUUUGGUACAAACAGCGCAGACAAAAAUCCCUAUAUUGUGGGCAGAUAUGGGUUUAUUCCCCUAAAGCUAGAAGAACUAGGAUCUUAAACCAGGUGUCUCCAGAGAACCAGGUGUCCUAACCAGAAGCUUUUAUUGUGGUGGUGUGUCAGAAAGGGUGGCGGGAAGGGGUAAGGUCAAAGCAAGUGACUAGAAAGAUGGCUGGUAAUGCUGCCACCCAUGCCUCAAAUUUCCUGCUCAAUUGGCUGAAUUUUAGGCUGCGGGUAGCCCUGUUGUCACCAUCUGGCUAAACAAAGUCGAAUGGUAAAUUAUCAGCCGAUCAGUGUCUGCAUCCUGACAGAUGCGGUCACCGUUCGGGUAUUCAAACAGCUGUGGCUGUCACGGCUGUCUGAAUACAAUUGCCAGCUAUAGGGAUUCCUCCUUCCAUGCAGGCCAAAUUAGAUCCAUGCAUGUCUGGCUAGCCUAAGUUUUUUUAUGUUGGGUUCUGGUGGUACAGUGGAUUAUAUGGGGAGUUUUUGUGAUGUUCAGGUACAAGGUAUUCCUAUCAAGGUUAAAGUGUAUGUAAAUUGCAAUAUACAGUUUUCUUAAGCAAAUAUUAUUUUUUUGUGAGGUUGUUGCAAAGUUUUCUACCUGGAGAUCCUGCAAGUAACGGCUAAAUGUUGAAGGCUGACAACUCUGUCUAUUGCAAUAAGCAACAGUGUUGCCGGCAUGCCAUGCAGACUUGGCUGGUGGCCUCUCAUCUGAUCUAAUAGGAAGCCUAACAGCCAACUAUGACCAGCAGACCAUGCUGCUGCUAAGUUUGAGGCAUUGUCGUAACAUCAACAGAAAAUAAAUAUUUGCAUAAGAAAACUACAGUAUAUACAGGGAGUCAUGAUGCAAAAUGCUGAAAA